AUGGAUAGUAAUGUGGGACCAAUGCUGGUGAUAGACGCAGAGAGGACAGAAGGAGGUGUGCCCAUCAGAUUAGUUGGGUCUGGAUCAACUCGAUGUUCUGGCAGAGUUGAAGUUUAUUACAAUAACAGCUGGGGAACAGUCUGUGAUGAUGGCUGGGACUUAAAUGAUGCUCAGGUGGUUUGCAGACGGUUAAACUGUGGGACUGCACUACAGGCUCCCCAGUUUGCUUACUUUGGUCAAGGAACUGGACAAAUUUGGCUUGAUGACGUGGUCUGUUCAGGAAAUGAAAGUUCUCUAACUGAAUGUCAACACACGGCAUUUGGAAUACACAACUGUAUACAUGGUGAGGACGCUGGUGUCAUCUGUUCAGAUUCAAUCAGAUUAGCUGGAUCUGGAUCAACUCAGUGCUCUGGAAGAGUUGAAGUUUAUCUCAACAACAGCUGGGGAACAGUCUGUGAUGAUGGCUGGGACUUAAAUGAUGCUCAAGUGGUUUGCAGACAGUUAAACUGUGGGACAGCACUGGAGGCUCCUCAAUCAGCCCACUUUGGUGCAGGAAAUGGACAGAUUUGGCUUGAUGAUGUUGUCUGUUCAGGAAGUGAAAAUUCUCUAACUGAGUGUCAACACAGUGGAUUUGGAAUACACAACUGUGUACAUGGUGAGGAUGCCGGUAUCAUCUGUUCAGGUGUGCCCAUCAGAUUAGUUGGGUCUGGAUCAACUCGGUGUUCUGGCAGAGUUGAAAUUUAUCACAAUAACAGCUGGGGAACAGUAUGUGAUGAUGGCUGGGACAUAAAUGAUGCUGAGGUGGUUUGCAGACAGUUAAAUUGUGGGUCAGCACUGGAAGCUCCUCAUUCAGCUCACUUUGGUGCAGGAACUGGACAGAUUUGGCUUGAUAAUGUGACCUGUUCAGGAAAUGAAAGUUCUGUAAAUGAGUGUCAACACAGUGGAUUUGGAGCACACAACUGUGUACAUCAACAAGAAGCUGGCGUCAUCUGUUCAGGUCCAAACAGAUUAGCUGGGUCUGGAUCAACUCAAUGCUCUGGAAGAGUUGAAAUUUAUCACAAUAACAGCUGGGGAACAGUCUGUGAUGAUGGCUGGGACUUAAAUGAUGCUGAGGUGGUUUGCAGAGAGUUAAACUGUGGGACGGCACUACAGGCUCCCCAUUCAACUCACUUUGGUGCAGGAACUGGACAGAUUUGGUGA